GAGGCGGCGGCAGGAAGAGGAGGUAGACGGCAGGCAGGCAGGCGGCGCAGGCGGGCGGGUUGGUGGACGGACAGGCGAGCAGGCAGGCAGGCAGGCACGGACGAGAGUCUGUGUCGUCGUAUACGUGCCUGCGUAUAGAGCGUGCGGCGGAGCGGCCUGUGUCGUCAUGUCCUGGCGUAGCCGCCGCGUAGUCGCCGUAAUAUCGAGGUAGCCCAGCUACGAGGCGGCGCAGGUCGAUUCUCGUUUUCGCGUGAUUCGUUUCUCUUUCUCUUUCUCUCUCUCUCUCUCUCUUCCUCGACCGCCAGCUAAACUCGGAACGUUUCGUCGAUGCCUUUGUUCGCGGCCGGGAGGUGGACGGGCGCGAAUUGUCGUCGCGACGAGGCGAAGACGUGGACAAGAGCGAAGUGGAGCCUCGUGCCCUUAGCCUAGCUGAUAGCCAGUGGAAGUGAAGUGUACACGGGAGAGAAGGUGCGAUAAUCUCGUUCCGUCUGUCCGUCUCUUUCCCUCUUGUGCUUUCUUUCUCUCUCUCUCUCUCUCUCUCUCCGUUCCUCCGCUCCAGUGUCUCUCUCUCUUUCUAUCUCUUUCUAUCUAUCUCUCUCUCUCUCUUUCUCUCGGGUGAAACGGCGUUCCACACCCCGGCGCGGUCCUGGACACGUCUAGGAGGUGGUGGCGACGUCGUAGAAGGAGGCGCGGAGGAGCCGACGGCGACGACGACGGCGAGAUGCGCGAGUUCAAGGUGGUGGUCCUCGGCUCGGGCGGGGUGGGCAAGAGUGCGCUCACCGUCCAAUUCGUAUCCGGUUGCUUCAUGGAGAAGUACGACCCGACGAUAGAGGAUUUCUACCGGAAGGAGAUCGAGGUGGACAACUCGCCGUGCGUGCUCGAGAUCCUCGACACCGCCGGCACCGAGCAGUUCGCGUCGAUGCGCGACCUGUACAUCAAGAACGGCCAGGGCUUCGUCGUGGUGUACAGCCUGACGAAUCAUCAGACCUUUCAGGACAUCAAGGCGAUGAAGGAGCUCAUCACCCGCGUCAAGGGCACGGAGCGCGUGCCGGUGCUACUCGUGGCGAACAAGCUCGACCUGGAGCAUCAGCGGGAGGUCGGCACCGAGGAGGGCCACCAGCUCGCGCAGCUCUGGGGCUGUCCGUUCGUCGAGGCGAGCGCCAAGAACCGCACCAACGUCAACGAGAUGUUCGCCGAGAUUGUGCGCGAGAUGAACUUCAGUCCCGAAAAGGAGAAGAAGACCUACUGCUGUUGCAGCGUCCUCUAAUACUUAAUCAAAAUCCACCUUCACCCGGAUUAUUUACCCGCGGACCGGACUAAGAUGACGGAGCUAUACAGUGCGUGUACAGUGUACUUCGGCGAGAGGGCUUGUCACCGAUGUGUCAAUGUCGUCGACGUGUUUCCUCGCCGUCCUGCUAGGAGAAUUCCUUCCACCACGGCUCUCACUCGGCCUCACUGCUGAGGAACGCGCCGCCGAGGGAAGAUGUGCAGUGUACAGAGAGAGGCUUUUAGGCAGACCUCCCUCGGCCGUAGCGUGCUUCGUCGGAGUCUCGGAGGAUCUUCCCUCGAAGAAGAACCACCUUUUGGAAGUCCUCUCGACGUCCUUGGAACGCGUCGCGCGUCUGUCAAGUUUAGCUUAUGUCGGACGCAGUACGAAUUUCCCAAAACGGAAACCGUAGUUCUCUUUUCUAACUUUCGGAACACCGUCCGGCGAGCGGCGGCCGUUAAACACAGAUAUUUUAUUAUACGCGAAUAGUAUUAUGUAUGUAAUAUUAUUGUAAUAUAUAUACAUAUAUAUAUAUAAAUAAUAUAGAUAGAACUUAAGAGGGAGAAAGAGCGAGCGAAAGGUAGCUUUUCCUCGGCAAAAGGACCAAUACUCCGCUCGCGUAGGAAGGAGAAGGUGUCGAAAACCGUAAAACCAAACUCGAUAUCGGCUUUCUGCUCAAUUUCAAGACAGAACCGUCGCACGUAGGUUCGUGUUCUGAUCCACAAAUCGACUAGAUGGCUGCUGCGCGGAAAGAAAAGGGGAAAGAUAGAUUCGCAGACUUUGAAGGAAUCACUGUGAUGGUCGUUCUAUGCAUGGUGAUAGAUUCAGCGAUAUAAGAAAAAUGUUAAAUGUUUCGAGUGAAGCUUGAUCCCGUGCGUCGCGUAAUUUCUAUAUAUAUGCGGUCGUGCGAGGGCUACGCAAUCAAAUCCAUCUGAUUCGAUGAGAAGAUAGUUCGGUUUCGAGAGUACUCUUCUCUGUGCAAUUGUUCUGUGUUAAUUUAAGCUAAGGAGGCUGAUUAGCGAGAUAUCGUCUAAACAUUUUUGUACGAGACACGUUGUUAGUAACAUUUAUACAUACACAGGGUGCUUCACCUGAUUUAAUCAUUUGAAAUGUCUUCGCUGUUCUUAAGGAUAUGGAAGAAUGUUUCAAAGACAAAGUAUUCAAUUUGGGGAUCGUUCCAAUGAUAAUAUUUGUCCCCUCGAAUCGAAAGCUCUGUCUCUGAAACGUUUUGAGAUGUCCCAGGAUAUUUCAAAUGGUCAAACCAUCCUGUAUGUCGGUUGUACAGUCCUAACAUUGAAAUAUUUUACUGUGCGUAAAGGGAAAGGCACUGGGAACGGAAGUUUUGUACGCGACACCUCAGUGGUUAACAUGGAUAACCCAGCUGUUGUGAGAUUUCUUGUGAUCCAUUGUGUAGCAAAUACUAAUAUCUUACUUUUUGGUUUCGCUUUAAUGUCUGUUCCAAGAUGUUUGAUACAGCGCAAUUAUCGUCUUUGUAAACGCUCUGAACGCGCGGAAAAAGCGAGCAAACUAAUGUCGCGGCGAUUACAAAACUGGAUUUUAAUAAACCAAGGGCCAAAGUUGAAGAACUGUCUCUGGUUUGUUGAAAUCUAACGUUGCAGAUAAAUAUUAUACGAUGACGGGGGGGAAUAUUAGGAGAAAUGUUUCGUAAAGAGCUAGUUAACUUAAUAAUGUCAAUCUAAACUCGUAAUUUGUAAGCUUUGUACGGUAAAAAAAAGAAUUUGUACUACAUAGGCCGCAAGACUGCACACUCGAUCACUAUGGGAUUGAUGACGGUUCUUUUUAUUAACGAGUGAUCUUACACACCAAUGAUAGAGCACAAUAGUAGAAUUAGAAAUCUCCGGAAGAUGCGCCGUUUUCGCAUUGAUCCCUUCAACUGCAAAAUCACGUGCUACUAUUAUUCAUCGCUCAUAAUGACAACACCGAUGUAAAAAGUAUCGUAAUAGCAAGACUGCAACUUUUUUUCAAAAAAAGAAAAAGAAAAAAUAUUUUUCUUAUUCUUGAGGCCUCGUGAAAAAUCCGAGAAUACACUUUGCUAAAAAUUUCUCGUAAUAUCCCGUAAAAGAUAUUUAAAAGGGAAUAACCCCGUGAACGUUCAAGAAUGCAGUUACAAUACUUUUCGUUGCUGACAUUGCUUUCAAAGUGAAAAAAAUCUGUAGAAUUUUGCAGUUCAAAACUGUCGUCGAGUUUGCGAAUGUAAAAAGAAAUCACUAAAUAUGAGAGAAGCUGGAGAGCAAGCGGCUCUUCCUUUCAUAUAAAUGAUCAAUUUUAAAUCUCCGAAAAAAAUUACACACUUAUUUUAGAAGCUAUAUUAUAGAAUUACCGUUUACUGUUAUUGCAACGUGUAAAGAUGCUAAAAUAUGCAUUUAUAAAAUGUAUUUUAUAAAUUAUUUCACAUUGCGUAUAAGAUAUAAUUAGGCUCUGUAAAUUAUCUUCUUAUUCGUACGUUUUAUUUCUAUUCUCUACGUUGCGAUUUCGAUGGACGAUGAUAUAUUACUUGCACAUUUCCGACAAUGUUUGAGUUAUAGAAGAACUUUCUUUUUCACAGUUCCGUCUCGUUUAUUUUUUAUUGUAGUAAAAUAUUUGACGUAAUUCUUAAACGCACGAUUAAUUUUGCAUAAUCGUACUAUAAUAUGUAUAAUUUUUCUACGGCAGAUAAUGUGUGUAAUUUUUCUCGUGUGAUCAAAAUCGCAUUAUCCGAUGUUAAAUAUCGCUUCUCGACGAGCGCAGCACAAUAACGUUCAUUAUACAAUGCUUUGCCAUUUAACCCUUGGAUGCAUAAGGAUUAUUUUUAUCUUUUCAUGAUAUUCUCUCAAUUUUUACCAAGAUAUCGAGGGUUUUUCUCCUCUAGAUUUAAUUUUUAGAGAAACCUCGAACUGUAUUUUCCGAAAUUGAAAUUUGUCGAGCUUCUUCAAGUUUUCAAGAGAACUAUUAGAAGGCACAUCCGAGGAUUAAAUGCAUGAAUAAAGAGUGACGAAUAUAGUCCGAGAUUAGUAUCUUUUUACCGAUUUUACCGAAGGAUAUUGUUCCGCUUCUGCGACAAGAUGUAUUUGUAAUUUUGUAUAGCCUCCGUAUCCUAAUUUUGUAACGCGGCGUUAUAAAAUUCUAACGCAGAUUGUAUUAUCUGAAUCGUAUACGCGCGAUACUAUUUUCCAACUUUCGAAGAAAAUUGCAGGAAUUAAGAGUUAAAGAAAGAAAGAAAAAAAAGGAAUAAAAAAAAUGAGAAUGAACUGAUGUACAGUAUUUCUACGAUUGGUAGUUAGACCGUUUUCAAUGUUUCGGGGAAGAGAUAAUCGUUCAUAUGCUUCGAACGCGGGUGUAACUUUGAAUAAUGCAAAUUCGAGAAAACCCUUUCGGUGCACUCUUCUCGAACGGUGCUCCCUGUAGUUUAUUCCGCGCCUGGUGUUAGAAUUCCGCGCCUGGUGUUAGAAGGGGGAAGAAAAUGCAAAGAAGGAAAAAAAAAAGAAUUUGUCAAAGCGGCGGAAACCGCGCAGUCGCUAGUUUUAUCUCUCGCGGUUCGCGCGUCGAGAGAUGAAGGAUAAGAACACAGGCGGAGUGGUUUCGUGAAACCGCUAUUUUGUCACAAUAAUAACGUGGAAAAUUCUUAGUCUCGCUGUGAUCCCGUAGUCAUAUAACUUCGCACCUUUUGUAUAUUAUCGGAUAACAAUAAUCGAAGUCUUCACCCGGCUUCGAUCGGAGGGCCUCUUUAUAAAGUGUUUUGAUCGUCGUCGCCUGACUUGUACACUUUCUUGCGUUUUUCGCCCUGUUUUAUACAUACACGGACACAUACGUACACGUAUGCAUACACACGUGGGUGAGGUUGUACAGAUCACAAAGGACGCACAAGGCCGUCAUCCGCCUAGAUAGCUCACCAAGUAUUUGAUAUACUCGAAAAAUCUAUUUAUAUAUUUGUAUGAGAAAAGAGAAGCCGCGCCCCGCGCGUCACUCUUGCGCGCGUCCAAUUCACGAGAUUGCAUGCGCUAUUUUUCUAAAGCGGCGUUUGCAAACCCCGUUGCCGCAGGAAUGAUCUACGACACGAGAGUUCUAAUAAUAACGAAAUAAUUUUUAUUUGGGGAGCUAUCGUUCGGCGGAGAAGCGUCCAGGAGAAAAGAAAAAGAGAAGGGAUUGCGCCAUGCUUGGAGUCGGCCAGCAUAUCAUACAUCUAAGGACCAGAAUCGUUUCUCUCUUCUUCACUUUGUUUACGAUCGACGGAUCAAUUUAUCUUUCUACGUGUGUCGAAGAAAAAGAUUGAGGGAAAAGGGAUGCAAUAGAUAUGUACACACCGUAACGAUUCGCAUAAAGCUGCAGAUACAUGCGCAUUUGUUAUGCAACCGGGUCACGCACAUAUUAAUUAGUAAUUGGA